CAAGACGUAUAAGUUGAUUCGGAACUUAAUCACGCCGAAUAAACCGUCAGAGAAGACGUUUGCAGAGGUAGUAGAACUUGUACAACAACAUCAACACCCAAAACCGUCGGUGCAACGAUUCACGUUUAAUACUCGGUUCAGGAAACCUGGUGAGUCAAUUGCUUCGUAUGUAGCUGAAUUAAGAAGUCUUUCAGAACAUUGUGAUUUCAAGAGUACCUUAGAAGAGAUGUUACGUGAUCGGUUGGUGUGUGGAAUAAAUGACGAACAGAUUCAGCGUAGAUUGUUAGCAGAAAUUUCUCUCAACUUUAAGAAAGCCAUAAAAAUAGCUACAUCAAUGGAGACUGCAGUAAAGAAUUCACGAGAUUUGACACAUCAGAUAGCCAAUGCAAAUAUAAAUACUGAGAAACCUGCAACAUUACACCGUGUGGACAACCAAGGACAAGGAAACCAACCAUGGUCAAAGCCUGAAUGUGGUCGGUGUGGGGGUAAACAUGACCCGCAACAAUGCAAAUUUCGCGAUGCUGAGUGUUUCCGGUGUCACAAGAAAGGACACAUAGCAAGAAAAUGUCGAAGCAACACUAAGACGACUGGAAAAAUCAACGAAGCGACAAUCCUAAAUCAGGCACUAGCAGCAACUAUCUAA